AUGAAUAGUUUUCUUUCUAAAGACAUCCAAGAAAUAUAUUCAAUCAUUCCUCAAAAAUCAAAACAAGAAACUAACAAAAACUGCAAGUACAUAACCUCAAAUUUUACAUUGGACUGGUCUUUGAUAAAAACAGACUUUAAAAUUACUUUUAACACAGAAAUAAAUCACGACUGGUUUAAAACAGCAAUCACUGACUUAUCUAUUAUUAUAAUACAAUCUGAGAAAGCUAUUCAAGAAGCAGAUGUAAAUGUUAUAUUGCACAAUUGUUUGUGGACAAAUCGAGUACAAGAUAUUGAGAGGUGUUUGAAGAAGUAUUUGGAUAACAAGAAUAAUGUGGAUAAUGUGGAAAUUAUAUUAUUGUUGACUUGUAUUAUUGAACGUGCUUUGGGUGAUGUCUUGUUAUUGAAAUGUAAAUCUGUGCCGUUUUUGCUGAGGGACUUGUUGGACACUCAGGAGUUGCUGUCGAUGAUGGGAGAAACACCGAUAACAUUCACCAAAACUCUACUCGGCAACCCCCCAAGGUUUAAAUCUGAGAAACAUAGUCUGGCAUGGUUUUGCAAAUCCUAAUGAAAUACACUCAUCGUUUCCAGCUAUUUUAUUUAUACUACUUGCAUCAUUUGGAGAAAUCCUAAACAAGCACAAUCUGACUCAAAAAAUCAUG